GUUCGCGAGUAGUUAUUAUAGACCUGCUCGAAGUGCUUUGAGCGAUGUCUUCUUGAACGAUGCUGGAACUUUGAACCGUGUAUUCUUCAGUGAGGUCGGUGAUUGGAGCGCCUGUGGUGAGUUCGGCAUGGCUGAAGGCGCAGUAAGCGCAGUUGAUCGUUGGUCCAGUCAUCAGACUUUUUCUGACUUUGAGCAGUUAUUGCGAAAAGCAGGGCAUUGGUAUUUAUAUAAAAAAUCUAUUUCGAGCAUGUGGGAUCUAUUUUGGCAAGCACAAGGUGCUAAUUUUCCAGCGAUAGGAAU